UUGCCUGGCAUUUAGAACACAACUUUGGUGGUGGAACGGGUGCCCAACUCGCUACUCGUCACGAGCCACAUUAAUGGAGCCGGCACCUGCCAUGGAAGUCUCGCAUGACGAGAAGGACCAAAAGUCGCGCUUUCAUGCACUUUUCCGUGUUCUACCACGCCCAGUAGUUCGAAAGGCAACAUUCAUCAUCGUUGCACUGGCCGUGGCGAAUGCACUGAUCUGGGUUGCAGCCUUUAUAUGCUACCGGCCGUAUCCCACUGCGCAAGCAACUUUGCUCCUCGCCUGGACACUGGGGCUUCGGCACGCUGUGGACGCUGACCACAUUGCUGCAAUUGAUAAUGUUACGCGGAAGCUGAGUCAGGAUGAUAAUGGUCGCACCUAUCCCUGCACCGUCGGGUUCUGGUUUGCACUUGGACAUUCCACUAUUGUGAUUGUGGCAACGGUCGUAUUGGCUGUGACAGCAAGAGGGCUUUCCGAUUCAGGGUGGGGAAUUACAGGAACUAUUGUGAGCGCUACCUUCCUGUUCUUGAUAGCGGCAUGUAACAUUGUCGUGCUAGUUGGCAUCAUCAGAAACAUGAAGCGCAUGCGCAACGGAGGAAACCUUGCACACGUGGAAAAUGAUGAGAUCUUGAAGACGGGCGGAUUUCUAGGAAGGUUCUUCCGUCCAGUCUUCAAGUUUAUUAACGCGCCAUGGAAGAUGUAUCCGUUGGGUAUUUUAUUCGGCAUUGGCUUCGACACGGCUACUGAAAUCACUCUCCUUGGCAUAAGUGCAACGCAAGCUGGCACGGGGAUACCCCUCGGUUUGGUUCUUUUCUUGCCUGCGCUAUUCACUGCGGGAAUGACAUUCAUCGAUACACUGGACGGAAUAGUAAUGCUUGCGACAUACCGCUACGCCAUGGUCAAUCCGGCGCUCAAGCUGUACUACAAUUUUGUUAUCACACUGCUAUCAGUGCUUGUAGCAAUUUUUGUUGGUACAAUCGAAGUGUUGUCGAUCAUUGCCGAAAAAUACGAUAUGACAGGUGGGUUUUGGGACGCUAUCCGGAAGGUUGAUGAGGAGUUUGGCAUUGUGGGCUAUGUGGUGAUUACCACAUUUGUUGUCGUCACAUUGGUAGCUAUUGUAGUAUAUCGCUUGGGUACGUAUUCUAGUGAGAGAAUUCUAGUCGUCCCCCCUUCACUAGAAGAGGGCACGAUUGUCGAUAGUGAUCAGUAUAGCCAUGUUGGAAGGUCGGCACCAUCUGCAAUUAUAGAGCAUGAGGAGCUCGCUGUAGCGAAACAUAGAUGAGAUGAGACAUGGGA